GCUCCGCGACAGUUAUUAUUUUUUGGCCGUGCUGCACAUUUCCUGGUUCAGUGGCCUGGGCUUUGCAAGCAGCUGACUGGUCUCCCAGGUCUGGCUCAGAAUCAGCCGAUGACGCAGAGACUGGGGUCUGUGACUUCCUUCUGAUUACCGUGAAGACGGAGAGUUCAGAGGAAACUGGGGUUCUUGGGAAGGCAAUAGCUCAGGCGGACCCAGAGGAAGGGCACAAGUCACUUUCCUCCAGCUUGGUGGAUCGCCAGCAGGGUCUGCUUCUAGGAAGGGUGUUCUCCUGAAGGGAAUGCAAACGAAGACUGACUCGGGCUUGAGCCUGCCGCUGGCUUCAGGAAGGUCUCACAUUUGCAGAGCGCAGAAAAUAAGAUGCUUGGGCUGCCUGAAGUGCUGCUGCCGUUUUCAGAUCUCAGAUCCGGGGAGAAAGUGAACUGGAGCAACUGACCAGCUCAAGACUGUGCUGGAGACUUCCUCUGAGCCUGGCCAGCUCAUCCUCUCAGGAGGAAGAUCUGCCUGCACUGCAAGUGUCCCCAGGAGGAGCACAUGGUAACAGUGAUGCCACUGGAGAUGGAGAAGACCAUCAGCAAGCUCAUGUUUGACUUCCAGAGGAAUUCAACCUCAGAUGAUGACUCAGGCUGUGCCUUGGAAGAAUAUGCAUGGGUCCCCCCGGGGCUGAAGCCUGAGCAGGUGCACCAGUACUACAGCUGCCUCCCAGAGGAGAAAGUCCCUUAUGUCAACAGUCCUGGAGAGAAACUACGAAUCAAACAGCUCCUGCACCAACUGCCACCCCAUGACAAUGAGGUUCGAUACUGCAACUCCCUCGAUGAGGAAGAGAAGAGGGAGCUGAAGCUGUUCAGCAACCAGAGGAAACGUGAGAACUUGGGCCGAGGGAAUGUCCGGCCAUUCCCCGUCACCAUGACAGGAGCUAUUUGUGAACAGUGUGGAGGGCAGAUUAACGGUGGGGAUAUCGCUGUGUUCGCAUCACGUGCCGGCCAUGGGGUUUGCUGGCAUCCACCCUGCUUCAUAUGCACUGUCUGCAAUGAGCUCUUGGUUGACUUGAUCUACUUUUACCAAGAUGGGAAGAUCUACUGUGGCAGGCACCAUGCCGAGUGCCUGAAGCCACGCUGUGCAGCCUGUGAUGAGAUCAUCUUUGCAGAUGAAUGCACAGAAGCCGAGGGGCGUCACUGGCACAUGCGACACUUCUGCUGCUUCGAGUGUGAGACAGUGCUGGGGGGCCAGCGCUACAUCAUGAAGGAGGGAAGACCCUACUGCUGCCACUGUUUUGAGUCCUUAUAUGCAGAAUAUUGUGACACCUGUGCCCAACAUAUAGGGAUCGACCAAGGUCAAAUGACCUAUGAUGGCCAACACUGGCAUGCAACGGAGACCUGUUUCUGCUGUGCUCAUUGUAAGAAGUCCCUCCUAGGGCGACCAUUCCUCCCAAAGCAGGGUCAGAUAUUCUGCUCACGGGCCUGCAGUGCUGGGGAGGACCCCAAUGGCUCUGAUUCUUCUGACUCGGCCUUCCAGAAUGCCAGAGCCAAGGAGUCCCGGCGCAGUGCCAAAAUCGGCAAGAACAAGGGCAAGACAGAGGAGGCCAUGAUGAACCAGCACAGCCAGCUGCAAGUGAGUUCUAACCGGCUCUCAGCUGAUGUGGACCCCCUGUCAAUGCAGAUGGAUCUCCUCAGCCUGUCCAGCCAGACUCCCAGCCUCAACCGGGACCCCAUUUGGAGGAGCCGGGAUGAGCCCUUCCACUAUGGAAACAAGAUGGAGCAGAACCAGUCCCAGAGUCCUUUGCAGCUCCUCAGCCAGUGCAACAUCAGAACUUCCUACAGCCCAGGAGGGCAGGGGGCAGGAGCCCAGCCCGAUAUGUGGGCCAAGCACUUCAGCAACCCCAAGAGAAGCUCGUCACUGGCUAUGAAGGGCCAUGGGGGCAGCUUUAUGAAGGAAUGCCGUGAGGACUAUUACCCAGGGAGGCUGAGGUCCCAGGAGAGCUACAGUGACAUGUCCAGCCAAAGCUUCAGUGAAACCCGCGGCAGCAUCCCUGUCCCCAAGUAUGAGGAAGAGGAAGAAGAGGAGGAAGAAGGAGGCAUAUCCACACAGCCACAGUGCCGGACCCGUCGUCCACUCAGUUCCCUGAAAUACACAGAGGACAUGACCCCCACUGAGCAGACUCCUCAUGGCUCCAUGGAAUCGCUGGCCCUGUCAAAUGCAACAGGUCUGUCUACUGAAGGUGGUGCCAAACGCCAGGAGCACCUAUCCCGGUUUUCCAUGCCUGACCUCAGCAAAGACUCUGGAAUGAAUGUCUCAGAAAAGCUGAGCAACAUGGGCACUCUCAACUCCUCCAUGCAGUUCAGGAGCGCAGAGUCUGUGCGCAGCUUGCUGUCCGCACAACAGUACCAGGAGAUGGAGGGGAACCUCCAUCAGCUGGGUGCCCCCUUGGGGUACAGGGACCUGCAGUCCCAUGGAAGGAUGCACCAGAGCUUUGAUUUUGAUGGGGGCAUGGCGGGCAGCAAGCUGCCGGGGCAGGAAGGUGUGCGCAUCCAGCCUAUGAGCGAGCGCACCAGAAGAAGAACUACUUCCAGGGAUGACAACCGCCGCUUCCGCCCUCAUCGGUCCCGUAGGUCCCGCCGCUCACGCUCAGACAACGCCCUGCACCUGGCCAGCGAGCGCGAGGCCAUUGCUCGUUUAAAAGAAAGGCCACCUCUGAGAGCCAGGGAGGACUACGACCAGUUCAUGCGCCAACGGAGCUUCCAGGAGAGCCUGGGCCAGGGGUCUCGAAGGGACCUGUACGGCCAGUGCCCCAGGACUGUGUCAGACCUGGCAUUGCAGAAUGCCUUUGGAGAGCGAUGGGGACCCUACUUCACGGAGUAUGAUUGGUGCUCCACCUGCUCCUCCUCGUCGGAGUCUGACAACGAGGGUUACUUCUUAGGAGAGCCCAUCCCCCAGCCAGCGCGCCUGCGAUACGUCACUAGCGAUGAGCUACUGCACAAGUACAGCUCGUACGGCGUCCCCAAAUCCUCCACGUUAGGAGGCAGAGGACAGCUGCACAGCCGAAAGAGACAGAAGAGCAAAAACUGUAUCAUUUCGUAAUAGGAUUGGGGUCAGGGAAUGGGGGAAGAUGGGAGCUAAGAAUGUAAAUUCAAAAACUUGCACUGUUUUCAAUUUUCAAGCGCUCUUGGGGGAGGUUCAUGGGGGAGAAACAGACAUGCUCAGUGGCAAAGCUGCAGGUUGACUUGGUAGGUACACUUGGUAGUCACAGUUUUUGGCAUGUUGCAUAUUAUUUGCAUAUUUCACUUUGGAAACACAGUAGGCUCUGUGGAAGCCAGGGUUGGUCAUGUCCUUCCAGGGUUGGAGUGGCCACUCACCAGAUGGCACAUUGUAAACUGCUCACUUACAUCCUUUCUGAUUCUCCUUCCUUGUAGAACCCUUUUCCAGUAAAUACUUUGUUUAUUAGCCAGGACCCUAGACUAAGUUAUUUACAUGUCCACUGUAAAUGCAUUGUAAAUGAGAGUUCUGAUAAAAUAUUUUUGUAUUUUGUAAUAUCUAAAAAAUUUCUAUAUCGUAGGACUCAGUGGGGACUUGCAUGCAUGUCCACCUUUAUCUUUGAGUGAUAGUAAAAGGUGGCCCAGGACCACCUGGGUUUUUUGUUUUAUUUUGUUUCGUUUUAUUUUAUUUUUCUUCCUAUACAAAUUUGUUACAUGUCAGUGAGACCUUUUUCAAAGGAAUAUAUUCAAUUUGGCUUUUAGUGGCUGAAAAAAAAAAAAUUAACCUGUUCUACCCAAAGCAUUUUGUGCUCUAGUCCAUCUUAAGGAGCCAUUCCUAAAUCUGCUCCCACCCUCGGUAGAAUUUAUUCUUUACAAAGUAAGUAGUCUUUUUUUUUAUUAUUAUUAUUAUUGCAAAUGUAACUUUUGCUGAUUAGAGAAAACAACCAGUGUCAGUCCAGUUCUGUGAGAAAUGCCAUCCCUGCUGGGAAUCUUGAAGUUGCUUAAUGUUGAUCUAUCCCUUGGGGGAAAUCAAAGUGACUAUGAUUGGUGCCGUUGCGUGCUGUCAGCAUGACAUUGUUUUGAAUGUGGCAUUAUUUUCUGGUGCUCUUGUUUCCUGGAUUGUAUUUUCUACUUUCUUUUUCCCAGGCAGACAGAGCUGCUGCCUUAGCCUGACAACCGUUUGUCCUCGUAGCAAAUGAGCUUCAGUGUUUGGCACUGAAGGACAUAGAGGGUUGAUGCUGGGGGUUGAGGGUGGUCUGGAAGUGGUAGACAUUCCACAUGGAUAAGGAAUGAGGAAAUCAGAAAACAGAAAGCAGGUAGACAAUGAAAGAGGGGACUGUGAAGGAUGUCAGGGAGGAAGAACUUCUAGAGAGAGAGGAGAGGUGACAACCACCUUGAAUCGCCCCCAGUGCUUUAGAGAGACUCCAGCUUCACAAGUUCAGUCACCACAGGGGCUGCUAAGGUAGGGUAACAGCAUGGAAACGCAGACUUUGUGGCAAGAGAGAUUUCCAUUUUUGAAGACUGUUGGUCAGACAGAAAAAUGAGCUCAAAAGUAAGUUUGCUUACAGAAGACAUUUAACGGUUGGGCUAUUUAUAGUGAAAUAAAACUUCCUGCCUUGCUUCGGUUAUAAAAUGAAGCGCUUGUUUUCUGGUCCAUUCUCCUUCUCUCCUCAGUGGAUUGUGUCAGUUGAAAUAAUCCAUCGGAGGACCCGCCUUUUGUGAGAUGUGCUGUCCCUGUAGUACACGGUGUGUCUCAGUGGCCAUUUGCCAUGACAAGGUGAGCGUGGUCUCUUUUCAGUAUAGCACUUAACAUUUUCUAGUAUUUUUUAUGGAGAGAAUGUGAAAAGUGGCUUUUCAGACACCAUCCCAAAUGUGUCUGGGAAAAAGAAGACUGUAAAGGAUAUGAUAAUGACACUCCAUUCAGGAUGUAUUAAAAUAAUUUGCUUUUUAGGUAUUAAUAUGGCAUUUGUCAUUGUCACUCAAUGCAGAUGUUGGUUGUGGCUGUUUUCCGCAUGCUAUCUUCAUAUCUAAAUGCUUCAUUAAUUAUCCAAGCCUCUGGAGAAUUAACUCUAUUACGUUUGUAUAGUAAGUUUAUAAACUGCUUGGCAAACUGAUUAAGAAAUAAACGUGCAGCACCAUGCUACUACAGUGGCGGGUUUCUGGUAGACAUUGGGUGAGUCCAAUUUGGAACUUUGAGUUUCUUGAUUGAUCAGAAUUAAAAGGCAUUAUUGGAAAGAGAAGAGGGAGGACAAGUAGAUCCCUUAGCAAAUGGUUGAAAACGUGUGUCCUCUCUGGCCCCACAUCCAAUGAAAGAAAUUCUCCAUUGGAAGUUGCUUUCUAACUCUGUCCUCAUCAGAGUACAUUUCUCAAAUAAGGUUUGAACCACCCUCAGGAAAAAAAAGGGGGGGGGUGGCCUAGAAACCUCAGGUCUAGCUGUCCAGAGAGCCUCAGAUCACACUGGCCAGCGCUUAACAUAUAAUGGAUACAGGCUUCAGCUCAAAACUGUCCACUAGAAAGACUCUCUGCUCUAUUCCACCACUAAAGAUUUCAUCCCACUCCAAAUACAACCAGGAGCCUUAAUGUCAGUUGAGGAAGGCCAUUUCCUCAAAAUGAUAGUGGGUCCUCCAUGUAAAUGCCCGGUAGUGGACAGGACAUCACUGCUCAGGAAUUUCUCUUCCUGUAAGUGAUAACAUACACAAGAACAUCUCAAAAUACCAUUCCCCAAAUCCCAGCACAGCACAUUCUUUGCUGGGGCAAGAAUCUUCCUCUGCUUGCUCCAGCACAUCUGUUGCCUCUCAUUGGUCAAGUUUCCCUGGUGAGUGGGGCCUGUGCACACCUCUGCUUAAGAUCAGCAACUCAUUCUGUAAACUGGUUUUUCGAAUAGACAUCUUUUCCCACUCUGAUGUCUUAAUUUUUUUUCCACCUCUCCCCAUAGCAAGCUUACUUUUUGCUUAGCACUACAGCUCUAGAGUCCAGUUCAUCUCCUAUUGUUGCCAAAUUCAGUAACACCUAAACUGGUAUUUUCCCCAGUGCAAGGAGUAUAUAAGUCAUGGAGAGUUUCUUGAAUGGUCUUGCCAAUACAUCCCCACCUUUGGUACUGCAUAAAACUUUCAUACCAAGCUGGUAGCACUGAGCAUGGCAUUCAGAGACCCUUCCUUCUGUGCUGUAGUUCUGGACUCUCAAGUGUACGCCUAUCCUGAACUAUAUGGCAAAAUGGAGUUUUCUGCUCCUCUUCUGACAGCUGCUUCUUGUGUCCUAUGACUCAUUUUUGCAUUCAGGUGGGACCAGUGGUGGCACAAAUGGAAUAUAUGCUAUGCUCCCCUGCCACCUAAGAAGAAAUGUAGGCAGCAAAUGACUGUAGACUUUCCAAGGAAAAGUAGGUGUCAUCCCAAGCAUAUAUGUACUGCUCCAACCAGCCAGGACUAGAGCUGAUCUUCUUUGUGUGAUAAUAAAUCUUACUUAUGAGCUGAUUUUUAUCUGGGCCCCUUUGUCCUAGAAAAGAAACAGUACACUAGACAUUUAGGAAGCAUCUGUCAUAAAGAAGUGGGAGACUCCAUUUCCUCUCUCCCUAAGAUCAUGGAAGCUAAAAGAGGCUGACCUCUUAGGCCAAACAAAUAUCACUCAGGCCUCCUUUUUCAUGCUCAGGUUCUUUGCCAGUUAUGUAGGCAGCCCUCACUCGUGCUCAUUUUGCAGAGGUCAGAUGAGAGCUCUUUGAUUCCUCAUCUGAUCCCACUCUCUAAAAGGAACUAAGAACACUUACAAGAAGUGUUCCUUGCAGAUUCCUAACAGAGACCAGAUGCUGUGCUUCACAAUGAUGAUCUACCUGUGGCCAAGGAAAAUGGUUGAACUAGUUACCUGAGUGUUUCAUACAAGAGGAGAUGCUAUUAGUAUAUGUCUGGCACCUUCAGGUCUCUGCACACAAAAAUUCCACCACUGAUCUUGAAGGAAGUUGCAGAUUAGUACCUUUUGAAAAGUAUAUUUCUUUAAGCGUAAGGGAAGUGGAAAUGAAGAAAUCUUUACCCUAUCUUCAGUGGUUUGUUCCUCUGGGAGCCUCAGAACAUACCAGAGCAUGCCUGUAUGACGAUUUAGAAGUCAUGAAGAUCAAGAUAAGAAAGGAUUAGAUUCGUUUUCCAUUUUCUCAUGUUAGUAGCCCAGUCAACACAAGAGCCCUGUAGAACAUGACUCACUGUUGGGAGCUACUGCUGUGUUAUAAUCCUACUUCCUGAUGCCAGAACUAGCUUUCCUCGAGGGAAUAAAAAGUAGACUGGAAAUGGUCAUAUGAUUUUAAAAGACAUGUCUGUGAUUCAAGGGUGAUAAAUCCACAGGAUAAACAAUGUCUAGUUCUACCUUGAGAAUUUUCUAAGAAAGCCCUUCAUGGUCUGAACAUUUGAACAUUGGUGUUCAAUAGGUCACCAUUCCAACAUUUCUAAAUUUGAGGAGGUUACUUACCAAUGAGUCCAGCUCUCAAGCUUAACUAGUUCAUUCCCAUAGUUUCAAGAAAGUAUUCUGAUCUGAUCGUGACCCUGAGUGAACAACCUAAGACCUGUGACUCCUCUGACCAAGUUUGUUCUAAACUUGUUCCUUCCUGCACAGAGUUGCUUUGCCCACCUGCUUUAAUUCCACAUGCAUAAACAAAAUCUCAGAGGGCCUGAGAAAGUGAGGCAGGCUGGAGUUUGUGUUAUGUGUCAAGUGUCAAGCUGUUUGUUCGGAAGGCCUGUCACAGGCCUUUGACGUGGGCUCUGCCAGAGACUGUUCUGAACACUUUGCUUGAGAUCUGUGCCCUGUAAAGUGGAUAUGAUGUUUUACUGAUUCUGUAAUACAUUUGUAGACUUCCAAUAAAAUUUGAAUAAAAGAAA